UUUAAAAAUGGCCGCUCCCAUGUGUAAACACGCGAUCGUUUCAUUCUCAUAAUGAACAUCCUGAUAACGAAGAAAGAUGAGCUCAAAAUUGAAAAUCAAAGUUCUUUCUAGAAAUCCAGACGAAUACAUAAGAGAAACCAAACGUGAUAUUCACAAAGUUCCACGCAACUAUGACCCAAGUCUUCACCCGUUCGAAACGCCUCGUGAAUAUGUACGUGCCUUGAAUGCGACCAAACUUGAACGGGUAUUCGCCAAGCCAUUUGUCGGUGCUCUGGAUGGACACAAAGAUGGUCUGAACACACUGUGUAAACAUCCGACGAGUUUGAGCCACUUGUUGUCAGGUGCCUGUGAUGGAGAGGUACGAGUGUGGAACCUCUCUCACAGACAGUGUGUUAGUUGUGUCCAGGCUCACGAUGGCAUGGUACAGGGAUUAGCCUUUCACUCGACGGGGAGUCGCUUUCUAUCGUGUGGCAGUGACAAAGUCAUCAAACAAUGGAAUCUAAAUGAGGAAGGUCAAAUAGAAAAAGAACCAAGGACUACGAUCCUAGGCAAGACAGUGUUCCAGUCCAUAAGUCACCACAACGCUAAAAACAUAUUCGCCACAUGUGGAGAACAGGUGGAUAUCUGGGACUCAACACGGACGGAGCCACUACGCAGCUUCACCUGGGGUGUGGAUAGCCAGCAUUACGUCAAGUUCAACCCGAUAGAGAGAGAUUUACUUGCCAGCUGUGCCUCAGACAGAAGUAUCAUCUUGUAUGAUAUGAGAGGAGCAUCACCCCUCCGCAAGGUGAUUCUGAAGUUAAGUUCCAAUGCAAUAGCCUGGAACCCUAUGGAAGCUUUCAUAUUUACUGUCGCUAAUGAAGACUACAAUCUGUACACCUUUGACAUGAGAAAGCUAUCCGUUCCCGUGAACAUCCACAUGGAUCAUGUAGCUGCAGUUAUGGACGUGGAUUACAGUCCUACCGGACAUGAGUUUGUCAGCGGCAGUUACGAUAAAUGUCUCCGUAUCUUCCCCGUCAACAAAGGACACAGCAGGGAGAUUUACCACACAAAGAGGAUGCAGAAAGUACGCAACGUACAAUGGACACUGGAUAACAAAUAUAUCCUGUCUGGCUCCGACGAAAUGAACAUCCGCAUCUGGAAGGCCCGAGCUCAUGAAAAAAUGGGAGUGUUACGACCUCGUGAAAAGACAGCUUUAGAGUAUGGUGAUAAGUUAAAGGAAAAGUUUGCAGACCACCCGCUGGUGAAGAGGAUUAACAGACAUCGACAUAUACCACACGUAGUAUACCAGUCAGCCAAGGAACACAGAGUCAUGAAGGAUUCACAGAGACGGAAGGAGACGAAUCGCCGAGCACAUAGCAAGCCUGGAAAAGUACCGUAUUUACCUGAACGCAAGAAACGUGUAAUUGGCGAGGUGGAGUGAAAUCUUACUUGCUGGUGUUGAUGUCACAACAAUAUCUUCGUCUUCUAUAAUAUUGGACUUGAACUUUCUGGAUCUGAUUUAAUAACUAAAGUGUUUUGAUAUUAGGUUUGUUGAAUGAAAACAUGUGACAUUGAUAGCUCAGCUGGUCUGAAGGGUCAAGGUCAGAUUAUGUCAUACAGCUGGUCUGAAGGACCAAGGUCAGAUUAUUUCAUAUGGCUGGUCUGAAGGGUCAAGGUCAGCUUGUGUCGUACGGCUGGUCUGAAUGGUCAAGGUCAGUUUGUGUCGUACAGCUGGUCUGAAUGGUCAAGGUCAGCUUAUGUCGUAUGGCUGGUCUGAAGGACCAAGGUCAGAUUAUUUCAUAUGGCUGGUCUGAAGGGUCAAGGUCAGCUUAUGUCGUAUGGCUGGUCUGAAGGACCAAGGUCAGCUUGUGUCAUAAGUGGCGUUAGUUUACUUCUCAACUUCUAGCAUUUAUUGACCUUUACAUGAAAUCGAGAUACUCAGUUCACAAAUAUACUGACUGAGGUCAAAAAUUAGGGUCGGAUACAAAAUAUAGUGGGAGUCAAGUGGUAUUAUACUCUAUACUAUAUAAAUAUACUGACCUAGGUCAAAAAUCAGGGUCGGAUACAAAAUGUAGUGGGAGUCAAGUGGUGUUUUACUCUAUACUAUAUAAAUAUACUGACCUAGGUCAAAAAUCAGGGUCGGAUACAAAAUGUAGUGGGAGUGGUAUUAUACUCCAUACUAUAUAUACAGUGUAAAUAUAUUUACUGAGGUCAAAAAUCAGGGUCAGAUACAAAAUGUAAUGCAGGUGGUACUAAAGGUUUAAAUCAAUCAAAUCAACGGGUAUCAUACUCAUGGUAUUGUCACUUCUGUUAGUCAAACAAAUCUGGAGGUGGAAGGAAACAAGCGUUACAUCAUAGUAAAUGUAUAAUGUAUAUUUUGUUUCUUUGCUAUUGUUUUUGAAGUCCAAUUGUCAAAGGUUUGCAACCAGAAAGCUAAAUGUUAGUUAAAAGAAAUUCUUGACUUCAAAUAUUGAUACCGAGUUGCAGACUCCAAACUGGGAAAGUAGUUGUGAUGUAAAUUAAUUAGGACUACCACAAUCACGAAAUAUCCAGGUGAGCGAUAAAGGCUCUGGGGCCUUUUGUUUUCAUUAAAAGUAAAUUGAAAUCUUUUAAUAGAAGCAAAGACAUUAAACUUUUUAAAAAAUA